GAGUGUGUGUGGAGGACAGAGUUUUGGCUAGAGACUCACACACUCAUGCCCCGGUUGUUAGAGGAGCCGCUAGCUGAAGACUCUUUGAUGGCUCGGCCUCUGACGCUUCUUUAUCUUCUUCUUCUGGCAAUCAGCUCUAACUUCACUCAUGCGAACGUGCUAGACGCAAUGUUGAGGAAUUCUGGAAAGGUGACGCUGGAUGGCCGAAAGGAGGACAAUGGAAGCUCGGCGCCGGUGGUUCCUGAGAGGACGCUGUGGUGCCAAUGUUACCACCAAUGUCCUGAUGACAACGACAUCUGCAGAACCGAUGGCUACUGCUUCACCAUGGUGGAGGAGAAAGAUGGCAACCCCUCUGUGAUCACGUCAGGCUGUUUGGGAUUGGCGGGCUCUGAAUUUCAGUGCAGGGAUACAGGGAGCCCAAAUAUGAGGAGAGCGAUGGAGUGCUGUAACGACCGUGACUACUGCAACCGAGACCUUCACCCAACCCUGCCUCCAAUUAAGAUGCCUAACGACGAGGACAACAGCAUCCACAAGAGGGCUCUGUUCAUCUCAGUAGGAGUGUGCAGCUUUCUCCUCCUCAUCAUCUUUGUGCUCUGUUACUUCUGGUACAAGCGUCAGGAGCUGAGGCCCCGGUAUACUAUUGGCCUGGAGCGGGAUGAGACAUAUAUCCCUCCUGGAGAGUCUUUAAAGGAUCUGAUCGAGCAGUCACAGAGUUCGGGCAGUGGCUCGGGACUCCCCCUGCUGGUGCAGCGCACCAUCGCUAAGCAGAUACAGAUGGUGAAGCAGAUCGGAAAGGGACGCUACGGGGAGGUGUGGAUGGGCCGCUGGAGAGGCGAGAGGGUGGCCGUCAAGGUGUUCUUCACCACCGAAGAGGCCAGCUGGUUUAGAGAGACUGAGAUUUACCAGACUGUCCUCAUGAGGCACGAGAAUAUACUAGGCUUCAUCGCGGCAGACAUAAAGGGAACGGGCUCAUGGACGCAACUCUACCUGAUCACAGACUACCACGAGAGCGGCUCUCUCUACGACUACCUCAAAUCCACCACGCUGGAUACACGGGCACUGUUGCGCCUGGCAUACUCAGCUGUCUCAGGGCUCUGCCACCUUCACACCGAGAUCUUCGGCACACAGGGCAAACCGGCCAUCGCUCACCGUGACCUCAAGAGUAAAAACAUUCUGGUGAAGAAGAACGGCACGUGCUGCAUCGCUGACCUCGGCCUAGCCGUCAAGUUCAUCAGUGACACCAAUGAAGUAGACAUUCCUCCUAAUACGCGAGUGGGCACCAAACGCUACAUGCCCCCGGAGGUACUGGAUGAAACCCUGAACCGCAACCACUUUCAGUCCUACAUCAUGGCAGACAUGUACAGCUUCGGCCUGAUCCUGUGGGAGAUCGCUAGGAGAUGUGUGUCAGGAGGAAUUGUGGAGGAGUAUCAGUUACCUUACCAUGACCAGGUACCCACAGAUCCAUCCUAUGAGGAUAUGAGGGACGUCGUGUGUAUAAAGAGACAGCGACCCUCGUUCGCCAACCGCUGGACCAGUGAUGAGUGCCUGAGGCAGAUGGGCAAGUUGAUGAGCGAAUGCUGGGCACACAACCCAGGCUCCCGUCUCACCGCCCUCAGGGUAAAGAAAACUCUGGCCAAAAUGUCCGAGUCGCAGGACAUUAAACUGUAAGAGACACUCAGACUGCUGCAACAAACUUACAGAGAUGUGGUGGAGGCAGAGACAGACAGCCGUCCCGCUCUUCCCCGCUCAUAGCAGAGCGACCCAAUCCUGCUUUCUGUGAAAGCUCCCAGCCAGCAGAGCACAGGACAGAGUGCGCCCCCUGCUGGCGCUCACCAGAGAAAGAGAGAGAGAGCCUCCUUACACGCUGACGGACAGAACACAGGAGGCAGAGAGCACCCACCGGCCCUCACGCCAUCACUCACCACCUUUUAUUUAAUGUCUCAGCUUUCUGAUACCGUUCUGUUGGCCUUGAUUUUUGUUCAUUAUUUAAAUACGUUUUUUUUUUUUUCAUUCUCAAAGAGACGUAAGAUAUGCUUCAAUGAAAAAGGUUAAAAAACAGUAAAAAAAAAAAAUUAUGUUGAGGAAAGGGUUACGGCAGAUCUUAUACCAUUACUUGAAGAUGAAACUUGUAUUAAUUCUUGUUAUAUACGAAAUUUGUGUGUGUGUGUGUGUGUAUGUAUAUAUAUAUAUAUAUAUAUAUAUAUAUAUAUACACACAUACACAGAGUCAGCCAAAAAAAAAUUAUACUGUACACACAUCAGGAAAAGAAAAACUUCUAUAAAUAUUUUUAAAAAAUCUUUGCUCUACGUUAUAUAUAUAUAUUGAUAUACAGCAUAUUGUAAAAUUAUGAAAGUGAUAUAAUACUAAUAAUAUUAUAUUAAUAUAAUAUAUAUCUUAUUAUUUUUUUUCCUGAAGUGUACAUUUUUUUGGCUGAAUCAAUAUACAUAUCCUUGCGUUUCAUGUCAAGUAUAAUCGCAGCGAUUUUGAGGACAGAAUAGGCGACUGCAUCAUUUUAAUAUCCUAACACACUUCCCUUACACAAUUUGAUAUUGAAUUCUGAUACCGACUUCCCUCCCCUCCCCCUCAUGAUCGCAAUUUCUGGAGAAAACUCCCUGCAAUCUUUGCUCGAGGCUGUGUGCUCUUUGAGGCGGGACAGUCAGGAUCCAAUGGGAGCAAAAUCCACCAAAACAUGAUACAAGGUGUAAGAGUGAACACAUAGAGAGUUGUACAUGUUGUACUGUAAGUAAUAAAUAUAAUAAUAAAUAAUAUAGUUGCAAGCAACCAUGAGUGGGCGCAAGCACACUGGGCCAUCGCCAUGUGGGCGCAGCAGAAAGACAGUGGGCACAUCGGCCACAUGAUUUAAAGUCGACAUACUGAUACCAUUAUGACAUAAUUGAAAUAGAAAUAGGGGGAUUUUUAUUUUUAUAUCUCUAAAAAGCCCCAGAUGCUGGAAAAAAAGCAUCACACUAUGAAAGUUAUUAACCACUUUUCAGCCUAAAUUUAUGGCGUCGUCACGGCUAAUUCGUGUAAGUAAUAACAAUUCCCCUUGCAAUUUUGCAUCCUCAAUGUCUUUAGAUCACAUUGGCCCGGUAUGUUGGCAAUUGUAUAAAUUCCCUAGGGGGAGUACAUGCAAACAAACCAAAAUAACGGACGUCCAGUCGAGUAGAGCCCAGGACAUGAAAUGAGGAAGUUGUUCAGCUCAAUGAGCUCUAAAUGUGUACCAGGGUUAACAUCUCAAACUCCCAGGCAUCCUAAUGGCAGCAGAUUCCAACCUGUCUGCCAACAUGUUCAAGACUUUUUAAACAUGUUAAGACCUUCAAAAAGCCCAGAAUGGUGGAAAAACAAUUAACUAAAUCAUUAGAAGAACAAGAGGGUCCUUACAUACUAUGACAACAUAGGGUAAAGGUCACAGUGCUUGCUUUCUAAUGAAGUAUGUGUGAUUUUUACUCUCAUCAAUGCCAGUCUGUUUUACUGGCCUUGUCGAACUACACCUCCAAACCAAGUGUGCUGAGUAAGUUUAGCCUGAUCUCAUCUCUGGUUCUGUUCUCAGUCUACCAACCAAGGCCAGAAAUUCCAUGACUGAAACGCAAGGGUACUGUAUGUUAGCAAGAGGAAAAAAAAAAGAUUUAAAAGCUCUGAGACUGUACACUAAAGCUGCUGUUGAUUUGGUCAGUGUUGUGAAGGUACCGACCACAUGUGCGCUACUUCAGUGUAAAUGUGUAUUGUGACGCAAUUUCUUUCAGCAUUGUAUCGCCCAUCCUACGCUUCGAUUGUGAAUUAUUACAGUAAAGAUGCAGACGAGACCUACUGUAGGCAUUGUUGUUACCUUUUAGGCCAUUUGUGUUUUUUGCCCUGUACAUAACUGGUACACAAAAUGUACAGUAAUAUGAAUGUAAAUAAUUAUAUUCCUAAUUAUGGAUCGAAUAAGUAAAAAGAUGUUUGUUUU